CUUACCCUUAUUAAUUGAUUGAUGACGUCGACAUCAAUAUAAACGCCUUGGUACGCAAUCUGGCUUCUCGCGUUGGUAUCUUUGGCUUUUCUCUUUUUUUUCGGUUUUUGUUGUCGCUCAUGCAUAACUCAAGACAAACGUCCAAUUCCUCGUCCAAAGAGAUAUACCAGUAUGAUGCUCCGUGGUCGGUGUUUGCUCUCGACUGGAGCAAAUGUCCCCAUGAGCGCAAAGCGUUUCGUAUGGCCAUUGGUAGCUUCAUAGAAGAUAGCAACAACAAGCUACAAGUUAUUCAGCGCACUGAUUUGAUUGAUGGUGUUUACGGUUCCAGUCAUCAACCCAGAGAUUUUACGGCUGUGGCAGAAGCGGACUCACACUAUCCCCUGACCAAAGUUUUAUGGGAACCGUGGAGGGGUGAUGCACGGAACUCGGAUCUUCUUGCUACGACGGGCGACAUUCUACGGAUAUGGGAAUUGGUGGAUAACCCACGAUACGGCAAUACCAGCAAUUCCAUCAAUAGCUCCAGUGGCCGAUCAAGCCCACCUUAUUAUAUGCAACAGCUAGUGAAAAAAGCUGAACUGGUCAACAUGAAACAAACCGAUUUCUGCGCUCCGCUCACUUCGUUUGACUGGAACGAAACAGAUCCAUCAUUAAUCGUUACAGCCAGCAUCGACACAACAUGCACAGUCUGGAAUGUUGAAACCAAUCAAGCCAAAACCCAAUUAAUUGCCCAUGACAGCGAUGUUUACGACGUAGGCUUCAUGCAUGGAUCGGCUGAUAUCUUUGCCAGUGUUGGUGCCGAUGGUUCAGUUCGACUGUUCGAUUUAAGAUCGCUUGAACAUUCAACAAUUCUAUACGAGGCGCCUCCAGCGGCCUCCAAUGUUCCGCGCCGAUCAAAUGGAGAAUACACGGCCGGCAAUCCAGGCACAUUUCCACUCUUGCGAUUGCAAUUCAACCGAUGCAAUCCCAAUUUAUUGGCCACCUUUCAUAUGGAUUCUUCGGCUGUUCAAAUCUUGGAUAUUCGUUAUCCAAGUGCUCCUGUUGCCGAGCUUGUGAAAGGUCAUCAAGGAAGCGUCAACUGCAUCAGCUGGUCCACCACACAAUCUGAUCUCCUUUCUACUGGAGGGGAGGAUUCUCAAGUGCUGGUUUGGAGUAUCCAACGACAAAUGGCUGAUGUUGAAGGAUCGCAUCGCCAUUCCUAUUAUCAGCAACCAUCGCAGCAACAACGUCACAGCCAACAAUUGCCACGAUCGGUCAAAGAUCCGGUCUUGGCGUAUACCGCCGAAUCAGAGAUCAAUUCAUUAUCAUGGAGUAAAGGUGCGCCCGAAUGGAUCGGCACGGCUUUUGGAAAAACCGUGCAAGCGCUCCACGUGUGAAAGGAACAAUGUUGUCAUAAACAUUCAUUGUAUUGGAGGCGAAUGAUAAUAAAAAAACAAACGAUGACAGUUG